AUGCCUACUUUUGACCUCUUAGCUCAAGCUGUGGCUUUGGAUAUAAUUUCACUCGUUGUAUGUGAUGAUUACAAUGAACUCGAAGCAAAGAAAACUUUGGACAUGGGAGCAUAUCUUUACCUUAAGAAGCCAUUUGAUGAGAAUCUUGUGACAUUCUUGUGGCAAUUCGUAUGGAGGAAAAGAAUACAAAAGGAGAAAACGAAAGAAGGAUCGAUUGCUGACAAUGAUAUGGGUGGAGAAAAUGAAGAACAAUUCGAGAAGAAGAAAGAUGUGUCGAAUACAGAGGUUGUUAGGCGAAAGGACUACACAAAAUGGACUGACGAUCUUCAUAUAAAAUUUAUGAAAGCUGUAAAACAACUUGGGGAAGGACGUUGUUAUCCCAAGGAAAUUCUGCACGUGAUGAAUUUGCCUGGCCUUACUAGGAUGCAAGUUGCUAGCCACCUUCAGAGAUGUCGUCGCAACAAUUGGAGAUCUCCAAUAGAGCGAAAAAAUAUUCGUCGUCAAUCAGGCCAAGGAUCCUCAAGUGUUUCUCAUGAACCAAAAAGUAGCUUUCAAAAAAUUGGGAGAAUGCCUAAUCUUCAAGCAAAUGUAUCAAAUCAACAACGAAACGAAGAUCAAAUCCAAAGAGGCCCAGAGUUUUCAUUGCCAACUCUAAAUAUCAAUAAUAUCUUUGCUCAAGGAGAUCUUUCAAUUCAACAACCCUACCGUCCACAACUUAAGGUUCAACCACAUUACCUCGGCAUUGGCAAUCCAUUUUAUUAUCCAUUUUCAUCUGCUCAAAAUAAUAUUGGUGGUGAGCUAAAACAACAACAUAAUCCAAUUUUUGGAAUGUUGGGUUCACAAGAACAAGAAGAUCCAAUUAUGAAAAACACUCAUUAUGGGCCUAACUCAGUGCUUAACAGUGAAGAUCAUCAUUCUGAAAAAGAACACAACUUUGUUCUCAAUGUGGCCAAAGGAGCAACAAAUACGAAUGCAAAUUUCCAGCAGUAUCAAGGAAGUAAUUCAUGUGUGAUGGAAAAUUGUGAUGUAUAUUUCAGUCUCAAUAAUUUGGAUUAUCUUUUUCAGAAUCUUGGACCUUUGGGUGCUAACCUACCUAAUGAACAAGAUAGUGAAUUUGAUCAAGUUUACUCUGAUGAUCAGAAUCUUGGAUCUCCUGAUGCUAACCUACCGAAUGAACAAGGUAGUGAGUUUGAUCAAGUUUACUCUGAUGAUUAG